AUGGUCUCCCGGGGGUGUGGACCAGGCCAGAGUGGUCCUCCCGGGGUGUGGACCAGGGCAGUGAGAUGCUCCAGAAGGGGGUGUGGACAGGCAGAGUGGUCACUCCCGGGGGAGUGUGGACCAGGCCAAGUGGAUGCUCCCGGUGUAGGUGUGGACCAGGUAAGUGGUCUCCUGGGGGCGUGGACCAGGGCCAGUGGUCCUCCCGGGGGGUGUGGACCAGGCCAAGUGGUCUCCCAGGGGUGUGGACAGGCCAGUGGUCUCGGGGGUGUGGACCAGGCCAAUGGUCCUCCAGGGGGUGUGGACCAGGUGAGGGUCCUCCCAGGGGAGGGCGUGGACCAGGCCAAAUGGUCCUCCCGGGGGGUGUGGACCAGGCCAGGUGGUCCUCCCCGGGGAGCGUGGACCAGGCCAGGUGGUCCUCCGGGGUGUGGACCAGGCAAUGGUCACUCCCAGGGGGGUGUGGAUCCAGGCCAGGUGUGGUCACUCCCGGGGGUGUGGACCAGGCCAGGUGGUCCUCGGGGAGUGUGGACCAGGCCAAAUGGUCCUCCCGGGGACGUGGACCAGGCCAAAGUGGGUCUCCAGGGAGUGUGGACCAGGCCAAAUGGUCCUCCGGGGGACGUGGACCAGCCAAGUGGUCUCCCGGGGGUGUGGACCAGGCCAAAUGGUCCUCCCGGGGACGUGGACCAGGCCAGUGGUCCUCCCGGUGUGGACCAGGCCAAAUGGUCUCGGGGGUGUGGACCAGGCAAGUGGUCUCCCGGGGGUGUGGACCAGGCCAAGUGGUCCUCCCGAAAUUGUGGACCAGGCAAAUGGUCUCCAGGGGACGUGGACCAGGCCAGUGGUCCUCCCGGGGGUAUGGACAGGCCAAGUGUGGUUCUCCCAGGGGGGUGUGGACCAGGCCAAGUGGCCCUCCCGGGGGUGUGGACCAGGCCAAGUGGACCUCCCAGCAGGGGGGGUGUGGACCAGGCAAGUGGUCCUCCCGGGGUGUGGACAGGCCAGUGGUCUCCAGGGGGGUGUGGACGGAGGCCGUGGGUCCUCCCCGGGGACAAUCUGUGGGACCCAGGCAAGUGGUCCUCCCGGGGGUGUGGACCAGGCCAAAUGGUGCCUCCAGUGUGGACACAGCAAGUGUGA